AUGCCCGAUGUGCCGGAUGAUCACGAAGACUACGAAAUCCAGAUUCUUAUGAAUGAUAACCGAAAGUUCGGGCCAUUCCCAGCAUCCUUCCUGGAAAUAGGUGAUGACCAGCGGCUCGCAAUUCUUACCUGGGCAAUGCAGAAGUCCCCAAGAGAAACAUUGCGGCCGUUUACCCCCGCCCCAGCCAAGGAGAUUUCCCAGAAGGUUAAGGAUUUUGUUUUGCGGAUCAUGAAGCUUGACACUCGAAAUCGACCCACCACACGCCAACCCUUGGGGGAUGCAUGGUUCAGUGAGGCUACUCCAGAAAGUAUGCCCGUAAAAUCAGCUGCAGAAGGGGAAUCCUAG